AAGUGGUGUCUAUUGAUCUAUUUCACUUUCUUAGAGGAACAGGACUAAUUAAGAGAAUUGAAAGUAGUUAGGCCGUGCCUGGCCUCCCACUACAGUACAGUAGGUGGCAGUGUAUGCACCUUGAAAGUUGAAUGCGACCCGCCAACCCAAUCCCAAAGAAGAAGAAGACCUGUCGCGUGAGAUAUCUACUUGGUUCACAACAGUCAAGAUGAGUACGUUUAAUAACAGCCUUUUGCUGAAGAUUUCAGGUGAACUUGUUGGUGAUCAAUUGGAGAAAAUGAAGUUCCUGUGUAUUAACGAAAUAGGAAAAAAUCGUCUCGAGAAGAUGACCAGUGGUUUACAACUUUUCAUGGUCCUAAUGGAAAGAAAUAAACUUGGACCUGACAACACAGUAUUUCUAGUUUCGCUUUUGAGAGACAUUGGUCGCCUAGAUCUUGCGGACAAAUUUACCAACUGUGAAAGUCAAUAUGCUGGAUCACCGAAUUAUCUUCCUAACGACGAGGAGCAAGCAAAACUUGACAUUGCAACAGAAGUGAUCACUAACCAAAUUGGAAGGAAGUGGCGAACAUAUGGUCGUAAACUUGGUCUGCCAGAGGCCAAACUGGACCAUAUCACGCAGAAGCACCCGAAUAACCUGGAAGAGCAAGUGGUGGAACUUUUAAAGGAAUGGCGGACAAUGCAGAAAGCUGAGGCCAAAACAGACACUUUGAUAAAGGCCCUUCGCUCCUGUGAUAAGAACUACACUGCUGAUCUGAUACAGACAGAACUUGAAAAACGUAAUGCCAAUGGUGGACAGUGAAAGUGUGGCAAACAAUCUUCAUCUUUUCUUAUGCCUCUUAUGUUGUUUACUCAAUGGAUUAUUUAUUCAUUGCUUUCACAAUGAGUUUGGUGCUUUUAUAAGAUUCAGUAAAUCACCACAAUUUGUUGGCAAUAUUGGUAUACCAGUAUAUUCAUGGGCCAGUAUAAUUUUAUGGAGAGUAGCCCAGUGCUUUCUGGGUACAUACAUUCCUACUACAUAUUGUAAGGGAAUUUGGGAGAAACUUGAUUAAACUAUGGAUAUUAUAAAAUUGUAUAGAUAAUGUGCAUUUAAAUGUGAUAUUGAUGUAUCCACUGUUGAGAUUAGUAUAAAAACAAAUCUGAAGAAGUUGUUUCCCUCAAGCUGGUAAAAAUACUUUUCUAAUUAUUUAAUGUUAAUGUCAAAAAUGGAUUUGUUUAUGAUUGUAGUCAUGCCAUUCCAAGUUCAACAAAACCCACAAAUGUUUAUGUUUGGGGUUACUGUGAACAUGUUCCAUAGUUGCUGUAAUACUUGUCCAAAGCAUUACACGGAACCCAAACCGACUGUGUGCAUGCGCCAUCGUGCGCUAUCGUGCAUAAAUGUAUUUUGUCCCACUACAACAAACGCGAUCAAGACACACAGGUUAAAAUAUCAAAACAAACUCUGAACCAAUUACAUUAAUUUGGGGACAGGUCAAAAAGCAUUAAACAUGUAUGGCAAUUUAGCUAGUUAGCUUGCUCUUGCUAGCUAAUUUGUCCUAUUUAGCUAGCUUGCUGUUGUUAGCUAAUUUGUCCUGGGAUAUAAACAUUGAGUUGUUAUUUUACCUGAAAUGCACAAGGUCCUCUACUCUGACAAUUAAUCCACACAUAAAACGGCCAACCGAA